AUGUGCGGCAGUAUCGCACAGCUUGUCCAUUGUGAUCGUCGACCGUUAUUGAGCAGGCCUGCACCCCUGCUUCCCGCGGGUGGACAACGGCCACGACCAGAGUCAGGUAUGAUCAAGCGUGCCCAUGGCCUGUCAGCCAUGUAUCCGCACGGCAACGGCCAGCCGAGCCUGCCAACGACGGGCAUUGGACAAAGACCAGGCUGGCAGCUAGCGAGCGAGCGUUCUCGCAAACGUCACACAAGCAGGAUUCGAGGAUGCGGUGGGACAGGGGAGCAAGCGAUGUGCACGAGUCGCUCGACGGGCCAAACCAGCUGA